CCUCUCGCGCUUCCUUCUCCUCCAACCUGAUUCCCCUCCCUCUCCACGAUAAAGCCCCGACGAACGAAUCAAGAGAGGAACCCCAGGCCAAUUUCAAACCCUUGCUCUUUCGGCGUUCUUCUCUGGUGCUCUUGGUGUGUGGAGAGUUCGGCGAUCGCCCAAGAGGAGAAAGAUGUGGAUCCGGCCGCCGUAUGGGAAGGGCGUGGACGUGGAAUCGGGCCCCCGGCCGCUGUACCCAAUGAUGUUGGAGAGCCCAGAGCUCCGGUGGGCGUUCAUCCGGAAGAUCUACGCCAUCCUGACCGUCCAGAUGCUGCUCACUGUCGCUGUCGCUGCCGUCGUCGUCACUGUUCGCCCAAUCUCCCACUUCUUUGUCUCCUCUGGCGCCGGCCUCGGCCUCUACAUCUUUCUUAUCAUUCUCCCCUUCAUUGUGUUAUGCCCUCUGUAUUACUACCAUCAGACGCACCCGGUGAAUUAUCUACUCCUUGGAAUUUUUACAGUGUCUCUUAGCUUUGCAGUUGGGUUGACGUGCGCCUUCACAAGUGGGAAGGUUAUACUUGAGUCUGUUAUCCUUACGUCGGUGGUGGUGGUGAGUCUCACUUUGUACACCUUUUGGGCGGCGAGGAGAGGCCAUGACUUUAGCUUCCUUGGGCCUUUCCUGUUCGCUGCAGUGAUGAUCCUGAUCGUAUUUGCCCUCAUCCAGAUCCUGUUUCCACUUGGGAGGAUCUCAGUCAUGAUCUAUGGAGGACUCGCUGCGAUUAUCUUCUGCGGAUACAUCAUCUAUGAUACUGAUAACUUGAUAAAACGCUACUCCUAUGACGAAUAUAUUUUUGCUGCUGUUGCUCUGUACAUCGACAUCAUCAACCUUUUCCUUUCUUUGCUCACUCUUUUCAGAGCGGCUGAAGCUUAAAGCAGGGAUGUGACACGUGUUUUUACUCCACAUCAAAAUUGUAUAACUCUAGUAUCAUGUGCAUAGAGCCUUCUUUUCUCCAAACCCAAAAAAAAAAAAGGUUUGAUGCAAUCUUGUUGGUGUAAAUUACAUCAUGGCCCUGCAUUUUAUUGUGGAUCGGAAGAAUUCUAUGUUUCUUCUGCAAAUCAAUAUUCCCUGCUUGGCUAUAAUUAAGUUUGCAAACAUCCGGAUGGAAUUUUCUGGGGGACAACGUUAAACAACCUUGAAUUUGCCUAUUUCGCCCUUGGUCUUGCAGAUUUUCGGCUAGCGGUUGGGACCCUCCGAGUCUGGACGUAGUGGAUCGCAUUUCGGCAUGGAUACCUGUUCCCGCUUCACCUUUUUGUAAGGUCUUGUCCUUGACGGUGGGGCGUCCUAUUAAAAUAUGAGCAUUUCAACGCAUCUGUAUCCUUCUGUCUCUGUCUUUUCCCUAACGUAUGUUGGGUGAGAUUAUUUUAAGGUGAUGCUAAUGUGGACGUCUCGAACUUGAUCAGAAUAUACCAUGUUCCAGCCUUCUAUCGUCCAUCUUUCUUUGUAGAGCUGAAAAUGUCUACAGGGAGAAAGCUUCAACUUAGAGCUUCUGGGUGGGUAAAAGCUCCGCUUGAGAAAACAAAGAAAGAUGGCGAUAGUAAUCGGUUUGCGUCGGAUAGGCCAUUGGUCUUGCCCUUCUCGUACUUUGUGCCAGAAUAGGGUGGAAAUAUGGGAUGGGUUAAUGGAUCGGGUUGGAUAAAGCUGUAGAAGUCGCGUUUUGGCGUACAAAUCUUUUUUUUUUUUUGACCUCGAGGAGGACGUUUAUAAGGAGAUAUAUAUUUGGGUGAGAUUUGAGGAGAAUUUCAUUACUAUUCGUACUUGUCGUGGUGCCUUUCAACUUUCGGAUCUCGAUCGCCGCUUUAGGAGUCUCCUUGGUGUCAUACUGAUGAGUGUAGCUGACGAGUACAAUUUAACUUCUGUCAAUUGGCUUAUUUAGAAAAGAUUUGGUCCAAUUGGACUCUUUGCAA